AGCUUAGCUUGUAGCUCUGCUCUCAGUGUUUGCUGUCAGUCGGAGAGAAGCGGAGCGAUGCUCGGCGUCUGACCGCGGGACUGAAGCCACAGACUGGGUUUACAAUCCGGUCCGGACCGCUCUGGAAUGAGGUCUGGUGAUACGAGCCAGACAGAAGGACUCACCAGAACCAUGGUGACCAAGAAAAUCCGGACAGAGUACAUGAAGAAGUUCAAAGACCCCAAAUGGGAGACGUUCUCCAAAUGCUACGAGGACUCUCUGAAGUACCGUCUGACCCGGCGGGUGAUGGAGCAUUCCCACAAACCCUGGUUCUGGGAGGGCUGGGACAGCGGCUCCAACUCCAGCGGCUGGUCCACGCCGAGGCUCACCAGGAACAAAAUCGCCCCUCUGUCCCUGCCACCGCCACCACCGACAUCCUUGGAGGUGAAGCAGAGGUCAACGAGCCCCGGAGCAGAACCGCCUUCUGAGGACGGAGAUGCUGGAGCGGCUGCAGAGGCGACAGUCGUAGACGCUGCAGCGACCACAGCAGUGAUAGAAAAUGGGGUGACCGAAGCCAGCGGUGGUUCAGUGGUUCCAAACGGCGGCGGGCCCUCCGACGACACGGCGACGGACAACGGCCCAGCAGACACGACGUCCUCAGACGCAGAGCCGGUGAACCCCGCACCGAAGCGCCGCCACCGCCGCCGCACCCCUCGCUCGGAGCCCGGACAGCGGGACAGCUCCCACGACGAGAAACCGGCCGUUGCCCGCAAACCACCGAGAGCCAAGAGCCAACCGCCGAUCAGCUCCAGAGAGAAGGAGAACCGGAGACCGUCCAGCCGGCUGGACUGGACCGAGAGACAGACAGAGGUCAGGAGGACAACGAAUGAUAGCAACACGUCCGACGCCUGCGUUCAGACCCGACGGGUGUCCGACAAACGCAGCUCCAACCUGGACCGCCGGCGGGCUCGCUCCGCUGACCUGGAGAAGCUGAGCCGGCUGGUGGUGGUGGACGACCGCUGGAUGACCGAGUACAUGCGCUGCUUCUCCGCCCGGCUGAGGUAGAGACAGGACAAACCCCCUCCCCUCCGGCCCAAGCAAACCAACGUUUCCUCAUUAGAGAUAAAAUAUGGAACAACAGUCGUCUUGUUACAGUCUAUCAGUGUCGCUGCUGUCGAGGAAAAAUCAAACGAAAUUUAACCUUAUUUGUCUCACUAAAACAUAAACAUUUAUCUGCAGAUGCUUCAGUGCAUUAUUACGGUUCAGUGAGCUUGUCUGAACAUUUAUAAUGGAAGCUAUAGAUCAGUUAUUAAUGUCUCCACAUUAAAUAUCAUAAUAUAUGAAUAUAUAUUAGCUCACACCGGACCAAUAUUACACACUCACAGACAAAACUUUAUAUAACAAUUAAUAAAAAAUAUUAUUUUAGUUAGAAAUAAUACUGCCAGGACCUGCAGUAUGCAGGACGGAAAGCUGCUUAAAUAAAUAAUUAAUGACUCAAUAAAAAAUAAAAAAUGAUAUUUAAUAUAAAGUAGGUAUUAAUUAAUUAAUUGAUAAAAUGUGACAUAAAUUGAUUUUUUUAUUUUCUUCUCUAAUUAAUUCUAUUUUGUAUUUACUUUCCUUUUUAAUAUCCUUUUUAUUCAUUUAUUUUUUAAUUUUUUGAUUUAUAUUUUUGCAUUAUUAUUAUUAUGAUUAUUCAAAUGUAUUAAAUUUAUUAAACAAAUAAUGCAUUUAAAAUUGGAUACAUACAUUUUAAAAUUGAUAAAUGUAUUUAUUUUAAUAAUUUAUGUCAAAAAAUACAUACAAAUACAUAAAUUAAAUAGGAGAGGAAAUUAUUAGGGAAAUUAUUACAAAUGUAAAUUUAUUUUAUUUAUUUAAUUGUUAAAUUUCUACAUUCAUUUUUUAAAUAUUCUGGUUUAAUUUAAUAGCAUAUUAAUUUAUUUAUCAAGUAUUUGAUUUUUAUUUUUAUUUAUUUUUUGCAGCGUCCGUCCUCCUACUACAGAGUGCUUAAAUUUCUCUCUACUGAUAAUACACAAUGUUUUGAUAUAAAAUCAAAUUAUUAACAAUAAGUUUUGAUCAGAGGACUGAAUAAAACCUGCUUUAUUUAAAUUUUAAAUAUUAACAGUUACAUUUACCUGCUUAUAUUAUGGUUAUUAUAUGGUUAUUAUUUAAAAUUCAAAUCAUUUGGAGAGAAAACAAAUGUCCCGACAGCAGCGAAACAAACAAGUGAUGGACUGAAAUAUUUGAUAUUUUGUUCCUGUGGAUCUGUGUUAAAGUAGAAGCUGUUUGAUAAUGAACAAACAUCAGAGAGAAUUCACUCUUUCUACGCUUUUAUAUAUUAAAAAAGAAAUACGAGAAAUCAGUCAGAUCACAAUUUGAAUGUAUUUAAUUUCUGAGCAUGAAACUGCUGUGCUUCAUUUUAGCCUUUAACCUUCUUUCACACACAUUUUUCUUUCACUAAAGGCAGCUGUGUGUGUGUGUGUGUGUGUGUGUGUGUGUGUGUGUGUGUGUGUGAGAGUGUGUUUAUAACUCAGAGAAACGAACCAAACCGGAGUAUUUUUGAUAUUCGAUUCAAGUUUCGAUGAGAAUAAACGAAACAGAUUUAUCAAAAUAGAAUUAAUACUUAAAGUAUUUUCUGAGUAUAUACAAACUGAUAAUAAUCUCAGAUUUAAGUGUUUUUAUUCUCUAAAUCUGAAGGACCAAUUAAUCAAAACAGAACUUCUGUGGGAGGAUUAUGCAA